GCUCCAAGUAGCUAGGGAAAACGAUGGACGACAGAAGUGUUUGUACUCCGCUAACUGUGGAGUCAGACGCUCCAAAUAACACUACCAGUUCCCCUAACGCGGCUUCUGUCACAUAUGCUGACAAAGUAAUAAACACUAAAAUAGACAUUACCCAGGUUGAAGGAGACAAGAGUGAGGAGGAGCUACUAAAGGAUCUCCUCACUGAUGAGUACUGCCAUGUGUGCGAAGCUGUGCUUUUGUUUGAAUCUCAGCGGCUGUCCCACUAUGAGGGAAAGAGACAUGCUCAAAAAGUCAAGGUGUACCUGCAAGCCAAAAGAGCAGAGAAGAUAAACAAAGGCUCCACGGGACCCCAGUGGACCAUGACUACUGAUAAAGACCGUUUCUGUGAGCUGUGUAAUAUGGUGUUCAGUUCCCAUGUGGUGGCAAGAUCACACUAUGAAGGCAAAGUCCACACAAAAAAUCUUCGUAAACAAGGUCUUCACCCACCAGGCAAAUUUAUAGAGAGGAACACAGAGGUGCACACUUUACCAAGUCUUGCUCAGGAUCCUGAUAAUUCUGAGCAGAAAUCGUCCCCAGAAGGUGGUACGGAGCAUGUUCUGGACCCAACAGCCACCACAGCUACUUCAAGCACAGAGGUUGAUCUAAAGGACCCUAACAAAUACUGUGCCCUUUGUGCUGCCUCCUUCAACAACCCCCAGAUGGCCUUGCAGCACUACAAUGGACGCAAACACCAGAGAAAUCAGGCCAGACAGGAGCUGCUCCGAGAGCUGGGAGAUGACGUACAACAAGCCGAGUCCCUGAUGUGUCAGAUGUGUAGUCUGCAGUUUAACUCUGUGGAGAUGUAUCAGGCCCACAUGCAGGGAAACAAACACCAGAUCAGGGAGAAGAAAGUUGUUGACCUGUGCAAAUCCCAACAAAAAGUCUAUGGCACAUUUGCAGAUGAACUGGCAGAUUACAUUCAGGUGCAGAAGGCUCGUGGAAUCACCCUCAAGACCAAUCAAGUCCUCGCUCAGGGUGACACACAAAGGGAAGGAGAAGAUGAUGAAGAAGAAGACCAGGAAGUAUUAAACGAGGGAGACGUGAUAGAACCAAAUAAACUUAUGCCCAACCUUCCUCCCAUCUCUAACCCUCCUCAUCCGUCCCACCCUGGUUCUUACUACUACGGUGAAACAUGUUAUCCCUCAUAUCAAGGCCCACCCUGGGCAUCCCAUGGCUGGAGCUACAGCUACCCUCCUCCACUCCUCCCACACUCAGGUAUUCCACAGUUCACCGGCCGACCCAUAAAGAGAAGGAGGCACAGAAAACAGUCAAGCUCCUCGUCAUAUUCUACCUCAUCGUCUUACUCCUCGUAUUCUUCCAGUAGUAGUAGCACAAAUGACAGCGAUGACAGUGAAUACAGGCGCAGAGAAAAGAAGAGAAUUAGAAGAUCCAGGAGGGAACGAGGCAGGAGGGGAAGAGAUGUGGAGUCUGACAAGGAGGAGAGGAGGAGGAGGAAACGCCGGAGGAGGGAAAGAGUCUCAGAGGAGAGGAGGAGAGAGCAAUCUGUAGAGUCUGAGGAGGGGGGCAAGAGAAAAAAGCUAAAAAAUCACGGCAAGCAUAGGCGAAAAGAAAAAAAGUUCCAGAAAGAAAACUUCGAGGUGGAAAGAGAAGAAAGGGUGACGGACAAAUUACAGCCAGAAGAUGUGAUGGAGAAUAGAAAAGAAACUGAAAUACAUAUUCAGGCUGAAAUGGAUGUUGAGAGGGAGGAUGGACAGGAUGAGGCAGCCAAACCCAAAUUUAGAAAAGAGAAGAAGAAAGCGAAAGACAAAGUGGACACAAGGACAGAAGAGGAGAAGCUUUGGGACGACUCCAUUCUGGGUUGUUAACUGAACUGCUGACAUUUUGGCAAACAUAAAUUAUUAUUAAAUCAAGCAUGAAUUGCAUUGAAAUAUCAAAACUGUGUAUAUUAAAAUUAUUAAAAUAAAGUAGCAGUUAACUAAUACAUUUUCAUUAUCUUCUCUUAUAGCCUAAAAGUUGUUUUCCAUAGGUGUGCUAGCUGGCUAGCCAUGUCAGUAUUUGUAAGGAAUGAAUGUCUUAAUUCAGUGUGUUUGGAAGAGUGUCAGCUUUUCUUUUCACCAUGACACCUAAUAAUAUCUUUAACUAAAUUAAUGUGUACAGUUGUGAUGUUUGAAUCUCUUAUGUUCUUGCCCUUUAUGUUAAAUUGUCCUCUUAACAUCUUAACAAAUAAGUUAGCUAAAUUUUGAUCAUGAACGUGUGCUUUUGAUAAGGAUGUGAUAGAUUGUGAUCCCUUCAGCAGUCUCUGGUUGGCGCUGUUGAGCUUUACUCAGCACAUCAGUGAAGCAAUUAAAAGCCCGUACAUGUUGGAA